AUGGCAGUCGCAACGCACUUGUUUCACACAGAGCUCCGUCACCUCCCGACCCGCGGGCUCCGUGCGGUGAGUUCCUGGCAGGUCCUCGACGGGCUUGGCCAGGUUUUCGCCGUGGAGCGGGGGGACUGCUCCGCCGGGGACCGGUCUCCACCGGGCCAGGAAGCCCCUCGAGUCGAUCUUUUCGUGAGCCAAUCCUGGUCCGCAGGGCGAUGGCAGAAGACCUUGGGGCUUUGCUAUCAUCUGAACUACACGCUGGCGGUGACUGCAUCCAUGUUCACCUAUGCGGCGGCAGCCGUCAUGUUGCUUUUGCAUGCGGGCAGCGUCUCACAGUUGGCAGGCAGCCCCUUGAUUUACCCGCUGACCGUGGACUUGCCCUUGACGGUCUUUUUCCUGAUGUUCUUCUUCGGCCACGUCCUGACCUGUGGAUGCCUUUCCCCAUCCAUCUGGGUGGACAAGCUGUGCAUUCCGCAAGGAGAUGAGGCCAUCAAGGAGAAGUACGUCAGGGCUUUGCCGGAUUUCGUGCAGCGAUGUUCCACCAUGCUCGUUUUAUGGGACGCGACCUACUUUGAGCGCCUGUUCUGCAACAUGGAGCUGGCUGUCUUCUUGAAGUACCAGUCCGGCCGCCACCUUGUCGUGUUGCCGCUGUGGCUUCCGCCCUGGCUACUCCUUGCCGUGCUCUUCGACUGGGUGAGCGUUCGAUGCCUCGUUUUUCGUCUUCUGGGUUGGGCACAGGGCUUUUUUCUAAAUCUGCCACUGCCCGCUUCCUAUCCGCACCUGGAAGCUCUGCUGCGGGUGCUUUUAUACACUCUAGUUACGGGAUGUGCUUACCUCCCAGCGGGAGUUGCGGCGGCAAUUUCGUUUUCAAUGAAGCUGAAGCAGCAUGGAGAGAUGUUGGAGCGGCUUGCUUCUUUCGACGUGCGCUACGCCAAGUGCACAGUCGGCGCAGAUCGGCCCAUCAUUGAGGCAACGAUUGCCCAGCUGUACGAUGAAAUUGACGACUUACCGAUAUCUGUGGCUGUGGAGGUGCCAGAGGUCGCUGCUGCAGCUGCUGUUAGCAGACAGGACAGUGACCAGCUAUUGGCCCACGCGGAGAUCAUCAGAGACCCUGUUAUCCGUGGCCUAACAAGCUAUCCUAGCCAAGAGGAGAGCUUGGACGCUUUCAACAUGGAAGUCCGAGGACCGUUGCGCACCGAAAUCAUACGGCAAUCUGGCAGUGCCACAAGUUUGCCGCUGUCGGUCUGCACGCAGGCAUUUGCACCCUUCUUCUUCUACAUUUGCUCCUCAUGCUUCUUGGAUUGCGAUGGACUGGGCGGAUGUGCUGCUGCACUUAAGGCGGAAGGCUUUGACUCCUUCAGGACCCUCCUACUCGUGGACAUUGAUACGAUGUUCUUCAGCUGCUUGUCAUUGACCAUCAUCUUCCCAUGUAUCCUACAUGCACAACACUGGGGCUUCAAACGCACACGAUCGCCUUGCGCGCACGCCUGCUUUGCGGCAGCGAGCACCUUUCUUGCAUACUUUUAUGCCUUCGCGCUGCUGGGCAUAAAUGGGGGCAACGCAGUGGCGCUCGGCACGAGCGGCGCAACUCCCACAUGGCUGCUGUGGACCUUGUCCGUUGGCAUGUUUUCCGUACUGCAAUGGUUCCUGAUCUUCUACAACCAGGCAACGCCGGCGCCCGCUGCCUCGUGUCGAACCCUUCUCUGUGAUGCGAAGCGGAUGGGUUUGGAGUAG